UGGCAGAAAUACACACAGAGGGAAGGAGAGAGAAACAACUCUUCCAAACGCCCAUCCGUCUCAUCUUCCAAGGUCCCCAUUGCUCUGGCUCUUACUUACAAGCACUUAUCUACAUUAAGGUACAGCUGCAAGGCGGUCUCUCUUUCAAUCUCGCAUGCACACAAUAAUAGACAGGCACUUAUACACAUGCGUAUGCUCCAGUCUCGCAGAGGUUGGUCUUUGUCUGCUUUGGCUAUUGUUAGUGAAAACUUCCCCUUUUCACCGGGAAGGGUACACCUUGAACCUCCCAACCCCCAACCCCCCCUUCGUUUUUUAUAUCUUUCUCUCCACUCUUCUACAGGAAGGCAACUCAUGGACCCAAAGACACCGAGACUUCCCUCAUUCAAGAUCUAGCCCCCAAUCACCGCAUCGGCGCCGCCACGAAGACCAUGACGAAGCUCUGGAUAGCGCGGGGCGGGCCGUUCUCACGACUUCGCCAAGCCUUCUCUACUCUAAGGAACAGGCGCGGUGGUUAUCUCUCCCCGUGAGCUGGCACGAUCCCGGCCUUCAGAGAGCCGCAUCGAAUCAUCCAUCCCCAUCCCCAUUCACCAGUCAACUCGGCCAAGGGAAGAGCUGCCAACAGACUCCAUGAAGCCACCGGCAAUACGUCAAGCCCGUUGCUGUCGGGACGGUAUCACCAAAGCGGCCGUCCGGCGAAACCCCCAAACCAAUGAAGGGCGUCACCGUCUGAGCUGAACUACUACCGGAAAGCCCGUCUCCAGCUUCAGAACAGGAUCCGUCAGAUGCCCAGGCCACGUAUCACACCACAUUCGCCCAACGCGCAGAGAGAGAGAGAGAGAGAGAGAUAGAGGGAGAGAGAAGAACAAAUAG